AAAAGAAUUAGAGAUACCAAGUUAGCAUAACUUGUGUUCUGGUGAUGCAUGUUGUAUAACCAAUCACCAUUUAUAAUUGUUAAUGUUAAUUAUUUAUGUAGUGAUACAGAGAGGUAACAGUACUUCACUAUAACUUAAAGAAUUACAUGGGAAUUUACCUUUUGAUACAGUUUCAAAUUCUUUUCGAUUACUACAGACACUGCAAGUUAACAUAUGGUUUUAAAUUUUGACAGAUAGUGUAAAGGAACGCAGCUUUAAAAGGAGCAGUGCAUUUGGAAAAUAGAAAACAAAAGAAGCAUUGGCUAAAACAGCAAGGUGACUUAAGGCUAGCAGUUGCUCCUAUGUGUGACGCUGAAAAAAAUAAUGACUGUAAGCCAAUUAAUACUUGGAAAAUACUAUAAUGGGGAAGAAAAAAGGAAAGGGAAAGAGUUCAUCUCAUGCAGACUCCUAUUCAGAUCUUUCAGUGUCUCAGUGUAAGCACAUCCGAAAGGCUGUGGAUCAAGGCCAUUUAAAGAAAACACUGUCUGAAUUCCCGCGGAAUGUAUGUCUAGAUUGCAAAGCAGAUGCUAGUAACACACAGCAGUCUGAAGAAGAAGUCGAAGAAAGUCCCACUAUCUGGUUGUGUCUAAAAUGUGGUUACCAGGGAUGUGGUAGGAACUCGAAUGAAAAGCAUGCACUUAAACAUUACGAGACUCCAAGAUCAGAACCACAUUGUUUAGUUCUUGGAUUAGAUACCUGGAGUGUAUGGUGUUACAUAUGUGAUGAAGAAAUACAUUAUAGCAGCAGUGGGAUGUUGGGACAGGCUUUGGUUUAUAUCAAGAAUUUGGCGAACAAAGAUCAGCAUAAUCACUACAAAAAACAACAAAUAAGCAAAACGGAAAACAGUGACAACAUAACAACUGAAAAAGAAGUGCAAAAUGCAAAGGAACAGGAAAACAAAACUGCUGCAAAUAAACCAGAGAAAGAAACGGUGUCAAGAAAGAGCAGUGAAGUGACAGUGAAAGGCCUAAGUAAUCUUGGGAAUACGUGUUUCUUUAAUUCUGUUUUGCAGAAUCUGUCACAGACACCAGUUCUGAAGGAACUUUUGAAAGAGAUGCACAAGAAUGACGUUGCUGUUACUGUAACCCAGUUAGACUCUUCUCUACCUCCUCUAAUAGUUAAUCUUGUGAAUCCAGGAUCUCUUACUUCUGCCAUGUACCAAUUUCUGACUGAAAUGCAUGAGACAAAAAAAGGUGUCGUUAUUCCUAAAGAGCUCUUCUCACAAGUAUGUAAAAAAGCAAUACGGUUCAGAGGAUUCCAGCAACAAGAUAGCCACGAGCUUCUCCGUUACUUACUAGAUGGUAUGAGAACAGAAGAGAUUAAGCGAAUUAGUGCUGGAAUAUGGAAAAUACUGCGUAAUUCAACUGAAAUUAUGGAUGAUGAAACACUGAAAAAUAAAAUUAAAGAUUAUGAAAAGAAGGGGGUAAUUAAAAGUUUUGUGGAUCAGAUUUUUGGUGGACAGCUCUCAAGUACCAUUAUGUGUGAGAACUGUAAAACGGUAUCCCUUGUUACCGAAUCAUUCCUUGAUCUGUCUCUUCCUGUACUAGAUGAUCAGAGAACUAAGACCACUGAAGAACAAAAGUCAAUAUUUGCUGACAUGGUGGAUGAAGAUAAAUAUAAUUUGGGUUAUAAGAAGGAAAGAAAUGACACAUCUACGAUUAGCAAACAUCAAGAAAAGAAAGUAAAGAAACAAGCCAGAAAACAAGCCAAGAACCAGCGUCGACAGCAAAACAUAAAAGGCAGAGUCGUUUCCUUAGAUGACCACUCUACUGAGCAAAAUAACAGUGAAAUACAGAACAAUAGUGAGGAUGUUUCAUUUAACCAUUCUGAUGUAGCAGAUUGCUCUCAGGAAGUGAAGGAGAAAUCUGUGGAAACUGCUGAGUUGCACUGUGUGAACCUUUCACAUGAAGAAGUCACUGUUAACAGAGAUGAAACACUGGAAACUUCUGCAAGUGCUGAAUGUACCACUGUCACUGAAGAUGCAUGUUAUGCCAGUGAUUCCAUAUCUGAUAGCACAAACAGAUUUCAAGGUCUAUAUCUUGAAGAUACUAUUGAAGACAAAGAGGAUGUUUCUGACAUUUUUGACAAUCUCACCUUGAAUGGUGGUAUACUCAGUGGAGAUGAAGAUGAAGCAGACAUGGAAGACAUUAGUAAAACACUGGAGACCAAGGAGUACCAAGUAGUGUGUGAAGACCCAGAAACAGCAUUUUGUACUCUUGCAGACAGAGGAUCCAUAAAUACAGAUCAGCUGUCUGUACAAGCAUGCUUAUACCGGUUUACCUUGAUUGAAUGGCUUACUGGGGCAAAUAAGCUGCAGUGUAAUAAUUGCACUCAAAGGCAGCACCAUGGAAAAAGUGAUGCAAAAGGUGAGAAAAAAUUUGUAUACACAAAUGCCCAGAAGCAGAUGUUAAUUUCGCUUCCACCAGCCAUCCUUACUCUUCACUUGAAGAGGUUUCAACAGACGGGGCAUAGUCUGCUUAAAAUAAACAAGAAUGUGCAGUUUCCAUUUGUGCUGGACAUGGCUCCAUUCUGUUCUCCAAAAUGCAAGAAUAUUGCAGAAGGAGAAAAGAGUGUGUUAUACAGUCUGUAUGGUGUAGUAGAACAUAGUGGUUCCAUGAAGUCUGGACAUUACACAGCCUUUGUCAAAGUACGAACUCCCAACGACAGACUUGUCGACCUUGUACUCAAUCAAAAUGUGCCUAAAACAGCAAAAGAAGCAGAACCACAGAAUGGAAACUGGUUUCACAUUAGCGAUUCCUAUGUGCAAGCAGUACCUGCCAAUAAAGUGUUGAGUUCACAAGCAUAUCUACUUUUUUAUGAAAGGAUCCUUUAAUUUCUUCUGGUAGAAUAACUGUGUAUUUUUGAUCCAUCUUUAGCAAUAAAUUAUUUUUGAAACAGAAAUAUGAGAAAUGGGACUUUAAACAGAAUAUUUUAUUUUCUAAUACUGAGACUGGAUUUCAGACUAUUAAAAAUUAUUUUAUGUCCAUAUGUAAAAAAAUACCUUUUCAUGUUUUCAAUAGUGGCAAGUUCCACUGUACUUUGAAAGUCUUUAAACCUAUGCAAAAAUAUCUGUUGUGAUAAGGACUAGAUGAAGGCCUAGUAUAACCUGCUAAGUUGAAUGGCCAUCAGAGGCAUGAAUUUAUUUAUAACAGUGGGUGCAGUACUAGUUUUAAAAAUAAGUUACAAGCACUAAUUUUAUUUCUUUGUUAAUGAAGUAGGCUGGUAUUAAUUUCUGUACUAGAACACUGAUAUGGUUUCCAUUGCUACUGGAGUGGUAUACUUAAGGAGUUCUCCUGCGUGUUGGGAGACCUUUGUAACAUUCCUGCAGAUUGGCCUUCAACACUGUGCUGUCACACCCAAUGUAACACUACCUGAGUGCUGCUUGAUAUGUAUCUCCUUGUCUUGUAGUCUUUUGUUCUGCUUUCCCUGUUUUUUCUUAUAAAUGAAAGUUACAAAUAAGAAUUGUGCUUUUUUUUAUUGAAAAGAAGUAUUUUGCAGCUCAGCAAAUUAUUUGAUGUAGAUUUUGUAAUGCUUUAUUGACACUGUUAUGUUGGUCAAGUUAACUUAUUGAUAUGCUUGGCAGGUUCUGUUCAGUAAUCGGCUAUUUUGAAGAGGCAUUAUUGCUGCCAUAGGUUUUGGAUUUGUUUUUGUCAUACACGAAUAUAGUAUAUUACCUGGCUACAUGAGGCUUUUUGCAGCGACUUGUCAAGCAAGAACAUUUUGGUGUACUUCAUAGGAUAAAAUAGUAAAGGGCAGAGUAUGAUGUAGACAGCCUUAGAUCAAGUUAAUAGUCCAGGAAGUGGAGGAUCCAGUGAGAGGAGAUGAAAGUGAGAGGUUUUUCACAGCUCACCUUUCUCUGGGGGAAGGAAGAAGAUUGACCUACUGUUGCUCUAGCCUCUGUUGGUGGCAGAAAUCAAGUACAACAGCAGACUGAUUAUGAUCACUUGAAUGCAGCAAGUAGUGUUCUUUCAAAUGCUGCCACCUGUUGUGUCAGCCAUCACCGUGGCUGUACUACCCAUCAGCCCAUUAUAAGCCCCAGAAUUAAUGAGGAGGAAUUCCCCUUUAUUUUAAUCAUCCCAGUAUUUAUAGAAUAAAAACUCACAUCAUCCUGAUUCUUAGCAUUUAUUUGCAGAGCGGUUGAACUUCUGUAAACAUUUGAUAAGUAGACCACUUACCUUUAUUUCAUUCUGAAGGCUGAUCCUGCCCUCCUAGUUACACAUAUGACUUCUGACACUCCUAGUACAGCAUUGGCAUCUCCAGAAAUGCUACUUUUUACUAGAGUAUGAAUGUAACUGGGUAUCAUGAAAGGGUUUAUACCUGUAGUUCGCUGGCAGUCAGAGCUCAUAAUUACGUAAAGCAGAUUAUCCUUUCAGAACACUGUUUUAUUUUAGAAGCAGGACAUAGGACAUUGCAAAAAAACAAACAAAAAAAAAACAUGGAUUUUAAGGAGAAGGAAGAUUUGAUUUCUUGUUAUUAAAAUAUUGAGUCUGUAGACUUUCUGUUAUUAAAAUGUAUUCAUGAUGCAGUUGAUGUUGCUACUAGAUCUGCUAUAACAGCUACAGCCAUGCUCCAAUACAACAAUGCCUAGUUGUGCCUUAGGGCAUUAAAACUCAGAUCUUUGAUAUUUCAGUUAUACAAAAUAUAUUUGGUUCUCCUACCUCAAAUCUGUUAGUCUUUGGAAGAAAAUACUGUUCCAUCUUUUCACAGAAAUUGUACAUCCUCAGAAAAAUAUUUACCGAAGACUGGGAACUGUCAAACAACCCCUUUCAUGUAAACUGCUUAAAUCAAAAUGCUGCAAACCAGCAAGCUCAAAGAAUGAGUAAAGUGGUAUCUUUUGAAAUUGUCAGUUAUAUGGGUUCACUAACAUAUUUGUUUUAACUUGGUAGGAAAUGUGAAAGACUGCUUACUUAGUAGUUUUUUGUAGUGCUACUUUCUGUUUGUGGGAGCUUUGCAAACUCAAUAAAUAACUGCUUUUAG